CCAUGCGUAUCACGGUCUGGGUUCUCAGGCCUCCCGCAGAGCCUGUCAAGUUCUUUCUCUCCGUUGAACAGGAUGCUACCUUCCAACGUGUCUGGACNCUCGUCCAGCAACGCUAUAGAGAAAACUAUAGCGCUGGCCGCAGAAAUGAUUACUACCUCAAGAAACUGCAGGAUAGCACCGGAGCUGAUAUUGACAUGCGCGAUACCGUUAUCGACAUCUUCGGCGAGAUUACAGACCCUGUGAAGCGUAUUGUCCAGAUCCAGACGUUACCUCUUGGUAGAGACGACACUGUGCCGUUCGACUCGCACCUUCAUCCUCCGAUCGUACCUCCGUCUUUCCAAGAACAACAAGAAAUCGACAGGCGGCGCCUUGAAUUUGAUCGCUACGGCGUCACACUCGACAACCUCGAUCCAGACCAUCCGGUCGAAUCCAACGAGAGCACAGCUGAGAAACGCAUAGACCAAGAUGGCUUUGCUAUUCCGGCAAGACUCAAUCGUCCUCCUCGCGCCCUCGUCCCGCCCAGCAGUCAGACCGCUCCAAGCUCGCAACUGCUUUCACAAGUCUCAUACGAAGACCAUCUUGUCCAAUCGCCGGAGCUCGGCUCGCCUCAAAAAGCUCCCACGGCCAUUCCACGUCCCGAGACCCCUCCUGCGGCAGCCAACACAGCUUCCCAGUAUUCCACGCUUGAUGCAGUGCCCAGUGCUCAGAAGCCCCCGCUNGCCCAUGUAAGCAAUAACCGAUCUCCUGCGGCCGCACCAGCAGACAACGAAACAGCACUCGACUUGGCCGACCCCAUCUCGGAGGACUCCCAACCUCGCCUCAGUAGCUCGAUAACUCGGACACCAGCGCGCUCAUCGAGAUCAAACAAAAGAAAGAGCUUGGGCAGCAGUGAGAGCCGCGAGACCAACAGACAAAACCUCGCCAAUCUUUGGACAGAUGACGAAUUGGAGUCACUGGUUGAAGGACUUGCCAAAGGGCUUACUCAUGCGGAAAUGAAGCAGCGCAAUCUCCCAAACAGAAGUGUUGAUAGUAUCAGGAAGAAAGCGGCUGCAUACAUUAAGCUCAAUCCCUUGGCCAUUCAGCAACGACAAACUAGUCUGGCCGCCUCCUGGUCCCAAGAUGAAGAAGCAUACUUUGUCCGUGCCAUACGCAACAACCAAACCUGGAAGACUCUACGCGACCAUCGGUUCCGUGACCGAUCCGACGAUAGUGUCAAAGUUCACUACGUCGAAGUACGCAAACGACUGCAAGAGGAAGACACGGCCAAAUCUGCUCGCGUCCACUACCAAGAGCAGCUGAAAGAUGGAACACCCUCGACUGGUCCCAACGAGAAGUUUACACAAGAGGAGGAUGAUCUUCUUCUGGCUUGUCGUAUUGAGGGUGUCGAGAUGAAGCGUGUCGCCAAAGAAGCCUUUCCNCUUCGCCCUCUGGAACAAGUCACGAAUAGAGCUGGUAGCCUGUUCCACAGCGCAAAGCGAGCAGCGGCCAAAGCAAANCCCCUGAAUCUCGGAAGAUCUCCUUCUGUCGACUUUCUAUGGGAGCACAGCCCGGAUACGCGCGAUAGAGUCGAAACGCAGCGCGAGAAAGCCAGGGAGUUUAAGAGGAGGGCGGGUACUGCCAGAGCUAAGGAGUUCGAAGAGAUGUCACACCAGAAGUCCUUGCUCAACAACGACAAGAAACGCGCCGAGGAGCGAAGAGAAAAGGAAGAGAGACAAAGACAACGGCUCGAAGCCUCCGAGGAUGCCCGGAAACAAGACGAACGAGUCAAGCGCCGCCGUCUCGAUGACGACCUUCAGCGCGAAGACGAUUUCAAACAGCAACUGGCCACCUGGGAGAAACAAGCAGCAAUUGACAAGCAGGCCGGCCGUGCAAUUCGGCCACGCCCUGUCCGUCCCCGGGGUAGCAGCAUUGGUACAGAGGUCUUAUCGACCCCUGGUCCAGCCUCCAACAGGAAGGAGGUUGCUGCUAAAGCCUUAAAUACAGGUAGUCAUCACUUCCUCCAAGAAACAAAAACCGCCGCUACUGCAGAAGCCACCCCUCAAAUUAAGCCAUCCGAAGUGAAGGCAGCUAGCGCCUACAAGGCCCCAGCAAUCUCAACACCGAAACGAAGUGCUCCUCCGGUGAUGGCACGAUCUGCUAUGGCAGAACUCGGACGCACGACGCAGCUUCAAAAGACCAGCACUGAUCUUGGAUCUGCUCAUGAGAGGCCAUUUGUCGCUCUCGCAUCGAUCUCUGCAACUCAGCCCGUCGGACCAAGCGCAUCACGGAAGUCUGCGAAAGAGACAACCGUUCGCGAUCUCUCUUCGUCAGGCGUCUCCACAGCUAAGAGCUUGCGCCAAUCGAAGCUCCCCUUUCUACUUAACGGUCAGCAGUUGCCGACAAGCUCUGCAAGAAAGUCGACAUCUGCUUCUUUAAGAAAGUCGACACCUGCUUCUGCCAGGAACUCGGCAACUGCUUCUGUCACCCCACGUGUGCACGCUCCCAUGGAUGACAGUCUGUUUAUCUCUUCUGAUGAAGAAACGUCAUAUGAUGACAAGGACAUCACAGACGAAGAGAUGUUGCGCUCUGAAGCCAUGCACAGCAGCAGUCCUGUCAAAGGUCCGAAGAAGAAUACUGCAGAAAGCAGUCUGCAGCAUGAUCCACAAACCCUGUUUUCUCCUAGUGCGAGCGCUCUGAGGAGUAGUCCGCCUGUUGCUUCGAUGCCGACCCCCAAAGCUAAGGUCCUUCAUGGGAGUGCGGCUCUCCACACUGCCACNAAAAUGAGAACACCUCUCGCGUCGACUAUGCCUUCCAUCCCAAUCUCUGAGACCACUUGUGCUAUGACUAGCGAACAUCAAGAGGCGUUUGAUGUACCCGCGGAACGCGAUAUAUUGAGCACAGCACAAGAAGACGAAAUGCCCGGAUUCGAAAUAAGCACAGCGGAGAACGUGAUCAGCGACAAUGAAGAAGAUGUCUCUAUGCUGGACGAGAAUCAAAUCGUGCAUGCGACCCAUUCCACCCCAGUAUUCCCAAGCUCAAGUCCAUUAACCGGAGCGCAGGACAGAACCGGCGUAUCUCCGCCGGAUCAAGAUGCUGGCGAUGAAACAUCAGCUAUCAACGACGUCUCCAGGCAGCCCACAACGGAAGAAUCUGAAGCUGUAUUCGUCCCAUCAGUAGCCGCAAAGAANCAUCACCAACAACGUGACCAACAACGUGACCAACAGCGAGAAAAAGACCGACCAAACAUCCACUCAGACGAGGACGAUGUCGAGGAAAUCGAUUGUUAUAGGAGCGAUUCCAGGGAGAUCGAGGAUGAGGACUGGCCUAGUGAGAAGUCUGAUGGAGGGAUGCCAUUCCCGAGUCGCGAGGAUGGAUCGUUUGGCCCUUUCAAAGUGUACAAGAUCAAGCGUACUACCCACCUGAAUGCUGCUGUUCAACCCAGAAAAGACACUCAGCCAACGACCGAAAAGCUUGCCGCCACUUCGAAAGAAAAGAGCAUUGGAGAACAAGCAGUCGAGAUAGUUAGUUCACCAGCCGCGAAUGUGGUACCUACCGCCUCCACCACAGAAGUACCUCCGCAGCCAUCUCCUUCAAGAUCGCAGGAUUAUCAGAACAAGUGUUUCACGUCUCCUGCAGCUCAGUCCUCGGAAGAGUCUCAGGACGUCGAAUUGAGCGGCAAAAAGGCAUGUAGAGGACAAGGGCGCAGAAAAGGCAGUCUUAUACUGGCCGAUGCAGAUUCGUUCAGGCCACCACCAUCGACUGCACCUCAUGAUAUCUUGAGGGGCUCAGGCUUGAGGUACCCGUCGAAACGAGCAUUGAAAAAUGGCUGUGAGACUACAGCCAAACAUACGAACGGGACUGGCGUUCCGAAACACGACAAUAGUAAGGAUACACCCUCUAGCUCCCAGACUAAGGCCUCCACCAAAGGAUCAAAGAAGCAGUCAGAGCCAAAAAGGCAGUCCCUUGGCUUGGAUGAGGCCACGAAGAAUAUGCUGGAGAAGGGCCAAGCCUUCGGGACGCUCUCUCAAGCUACUCCUACUUCACAGAAAGGCAAGGCCAAGCAGCCAUCGUCGACCCAGCCUGUCAAGAAAGCUGCUCCUUUGUCCAGGUCUGACAAUGUGACUUCAAGUCAGCCGGCCCACGAUGCAAACGCGGGCCGAACCAUCAACCCGCAUGCGUUCGAUUGGGAUAACGCGCAGGACACGGCCGAGCUUAUUCGCCAGGCCGACCAGAGACUGCUCGAUGCCGCAAACAUGGCCCCCGAAGAUUUUUGGCAGCGAUCAAACCUGGUCAACAUGAAUGAAGAGCAAGUCUUGAGUCAUAUGAUUGAACAAGGCGUCAAACGUUCGGCCAAGAAACGUCAGCGGGAGAGGGAGAGGGAUAAUCCGAACGCAGCAGCUCAGAUGCUCGACAACUUUACUACUGACAUGUCUGCAACUCAACCAGUCCGGAGGUCGGUGGUAUCGCAGGGUAUGAACAACGCGAUGCCCAGACCAGCAACGCAGCCUGUCAUGCAAGUCUCCAACCAGAACGUUGACGAUAGUUCAUCAGCAAGUGACGACAGCGACGAAGAGGGUAAUUUGCUGGAGGCCAUAGAAAAUUACGCUCACAAUCUGGACAAGAAAGCUGUUGCACUGCCUCGCUGG